UGUGUUGAAAAAUUAAUUCCAUAACCAACCACUCUCUCUCACUGUCUCCCUCUCUUUCUAUCUAUAUCUAACAAAACGCCAACUCCAUAACCAAAACGACACUCUCUCUCUCAUAUAUACUUCAAACUUCAUACACAUAGAAAACUCCUUCUCCUUCUUCCGUGAACCUGUAACUGUUUUCCGCACUCUCAGAUCUUCGCGCCGAACCUUUUCCAGUUCGAUUCGCGUUCUUCGGAUUUUCGCCAGAAUGAGAGAUUCAAGGUUAUAGAUUAAGAUGCUACAGUAUCAGUAACGGUAGCUUUUCGGAAAAGAAGAACACAACAAUGGAGGAUAGAGGAAGCUCAUUCGUUGCUGUGAGGAGAAUUCCUCAAGGAGAAACCUGCCAUUCAAAUUCUGCUGAGGUUGUGGCAGGAUCAGCAGCAUGGCUUGGUCGAGGUCUGUCUUGUGUCUGUGUACAAAGAAGAGAUAGUGAUGCUUCUAACUCUUUCGAUUUAACCCUCGCCCAGGAGGAAUGCUUACAGAGGCUACAGAGACGUAUAGAUGUUCCCUAUGAUAGUUCUAUUAUUGAGCACCAGGUACCUUUGAUAUUAUUACUUUUUAAGUCUGUGAGCAAUUGUGGCAACCAUUACGAUGUACACUUCAAUCUGUGUACUCAGUUCUAUCUGCUGUCGUUGGCUUAUUGCUGUACGUGAAAUCUUCAAUGUC